AUGAGUCGGCUGCCACCGGCGAGUGUAGCUCGAUCUCUUUCGCAAGGCCGGCCGGGCUUCUACCGCUCCAAGUCGUCGGUUGAUCCCCGCACCCGCACCGAACUGACCCGGAAACCUACGCAGAAGGGACUCCCAGAGUAUGAAGAGCCCAAGCACCGCCCUAUAUCCGAACAUCCUCGAUUCAGCUCCAUCUCCAAUGCUACCACCGAGGCUAGCUUUUACGAGGAUAAUGAUAAUGUGACGCCGCGGACAACGACGCCUAAUAUUAGUGAGGAAGCGCAUGAAAUACCGCGCACCGAGUCACCAGAGGAUUUCACGUCACGUCCGAGUGGAGCGGAGGGUGCGCCUGUUGUUGUGGCGGUUGCGGAUCCGCAAGGUUCAUCGAUCGACUCAUCAACUUCGCGACUGCACAUCCCACGCACCUUGGCACCGCCGGUGUCACCGCGGACGCGUCCAUCCAGCAGUGCCAAGGUUACACACCAUGAGAGUUCUGAUGAUGAAUACAGCAGCUCCAAUGGUGGGUCGACGUUCUCCAAACCUCGCAAGCUGUCAGACGGAAGUGCUGUGUCAUUGCCGUAUUCUCCCAUGUCGACAUUCCCUGCACGACCACACCCUCGAUCGCCGUCCUUGAGCUCGGAAACAUCAGGAACGGGAACGAACCACCUACCCCGCCCUUCUUUUAAUUUCUCUCGACCGCUGAGUCGAUCAAGUACGACCUUGUCUGCUCCUGGAUCUUCGACGCCUACUGAACCGAUCCUUGCCUCGGAAUCGAACCAUAUGACCCGUCGCGGCAAGCCGACUCCGCUUCUCUUGCAGCUUUCGACCGAAGAUGCUGCUGCAGUGGAAGCCAUGGACGGCGAGCCGUCGUCCGCCAUGUCGUCUUAUAUGUACGCCAAGUAUGCGCUUCCGCGCGGACGCUUCCUUUCACGGGAUUCCGUGGUCUUUGCAGGCUUGCAAACGCCUCAUUUCGAGUGGGAAGAGCCCAUAUUUGAGAAAACGCCUCCCCGGCAUUCAGAGGAGCCAAUACGUUUGGCACGGACGCCAUCCCCUACGCCCCCUCGCCAAUUAGAGCACUCGCCCAAGCCUCGCUCGAUGCACGAAGUCCCAGCUUCUAAGCCUCAAUCUCCACCUCAAUCCCCGCCUCACCCUCAGCGCCAGCCUCAACCUCAACUUCAACCUCAAACUCUCAAGUCUCGGCCUGUUCCCGACUCACCAGUGGAGCCGGUAUUACGGCCCUCUGCUGAGAGCACCCGACCAACGAACAAUGACAGGGAUGAAACUGUCUCUUCUGCGGAUUCGGCUAGCACAGUGCGACCCCAAGCCCCCACCGCUCAGGUCUCAGCUUCCGGCCUUACAGCCGACGAGCACGUGGCCAAGGGUAUUGAAUGCCACGAGCGAGGAUCUCUGAGUGAGUCGACGUAUCAUCUGCGGAUUGCCGCGAAGCAGGACCAUCCAACGGGAAUGCUGCUUUAUGCGCUGGCCUGUCGACACGGUUGGGGCAUGCGAUCCAAUGAGAAGGAGGGGGUACGAUGGUUACGCAAAGCUGUGGAUUCUGUCGGAUUGGAUAUGUUGGCCGAUCCGGAUGCUCCCGGUGCAUCGAAGGCGAAGGAAUUACAAAAGGCUAACCGGGUUCAAUUUGCUCUGAGCAUAUAUGAACUAGGCGUCAGCUACUUGAAUGGUUGGGGUAUCAAACAGGACAAGGCUUAUGCUCUGCGCUGCUUCGAGAUCGCCGGUCAAUGGGGCGACGUUGAUGCCAUGGCCGAAGCUGGAUUCUGCUAUGCGGAGGGUGUUGGCUGUAAAAAGGAUAUGAAGAAGGCGGCACGCUUUUACCGCCAGGCUGAGUCCAAGGGUAUGAGCAUGGUUGGAAACAGCUGGAUCUACAAGGACAAAUACAACGAGGAGUCCAAUGGACGCGCCCCCAGUGGACGCUCCCGUGGCCGAAAUGCCAGCGGAGAGAAGGACAAUAAGCCACGCAGCAAGUCCCGCACUCGCAGUAUCUUCCAACGCAAGAAGUCCAACAUAUCAGAGGCAUAG